AGAGGAAGAACAUGUGACCACUUCCUGACAACACGCAAACACUCAAAACCAGACUCACACACAAUGAGUCGAAGUCAGUAAGUCGAAGUCGGGGAUGUUUCAGAUUCUGAGGAUUCCGUCUCUCCUGCUGCUCUUAUAACCAUGUUUCUAUCCAGACGUAUCCUCGGGACACGCAGCUCUGUGUGCGCAUGAAAACAUGUCCGACCUGUGGACGUUCCCGGCAGCGUCCCCUCCUUCCAUCGUCCAGCAGUCCUCUCGCUCCCACUCGCUCCCCCCCUUCUCCACCUCCUUGUUCAGGAGCCAUGGGAGCCCCUCUCCAGCCAAGGUGACCUCCCCUAUAUACUCCCCUCAGAAUACCCCUCCUGUCAUGUGCCAGGUUAGCUCCCCGAACCUCGGACUUCGGACCCAGGCCUCCUCCUUUCAGUUUCCUCAAUCCCAGAUUACCUCCACGCAUCAGAUUACAUCCCCCCACCUUUCACCGCACAUGGAAGUGUCCCCCUCCCAGCUGUUCUAUCCGUCCCAGAUAACCUCCCCUCACCUCCCCUCAGCCCCCGUCAGCUCCUCCUAUCACCUUGGCUCUCCUCAGGUCGCCUCCCCUCACCUCCACCCCCAACCGCAGCACUUCCUGUACAACCAGAACCCCGAUCCGGAGUUGGAUUAUGUCGACUGGGACAAAUGCGAGGAGUCCUCGGAUCUUUCCUGCUAUCUCAACGGAAGCGGCUUCUCCUACCAGAACGGGUCGCCCUCCCCGCUGGAUAUCCACCUCCAGAACCAGUACGGCACCAGCGACCCCCCCUGCACGGAUGAGGUGGAAAGAACAGCCAAAGCCUAUAACACUCACAGCGUUCACGCCGGCGGCGUGUUUGAGCACAGCGACCCGGCAGGUCAAGCUCAGCACGCGUGGGACUCCAUGUCACCAACCCUGUCCCAGGUGCAUUGCCCCCCUUUGGGUUCCGGGGAUCCCAUGGGGAGAUGGAGCUCGUCCCCCGCGGAGGACUUCCCCGCCAACCAGUUCUACCAUGAAAGUUACCAUGGAAACAACCCCCAGCAGCCGUUCUGUAGCCCAACCACACCAGGUCCGAGUCCCCAUUACCCGCAAACGCCAACCGUCUCCAGUCCCAGUCCUCAGAUGCAUCCCAGGACGGACCGGACGGGUUGUCCCAAGCAAGCGUCCAAACAGCUGAGCAGAGACGCGUCCUCGGCUCUUUCUCUGAACGACCACGGCGCCUACUUCCCGUCGUCAGAGAAAGCUCCUCACCAGAGAACCCAACGCCACCUGCAGAGUCAAAGCCCGGCGGCUGAGGAGGCCACCGCCUGCCAACAUGAAACCAGCUUCUCCGCUCAGGAAAGGGGGCCCCCCAGCAGCGGUUCUACCGGGCGGGGCUGCAAGGAGGAGGGAAGAGGAGGAAGAAGAGGGCCGAGGAAAGCGGCUGAGAGGCAAACGGACUGGAACUGGGUGAAACAGCUGCAGCCUUUAAGAACCACUGGAGUCCUGGACUCGAGCAGGUGCCGGCUGCUGUGCACCGUGUGUAACCGCGACUUUAAGAGCCUUCCAGCUUUAAAUGGUCACAUGCGUUCCCACAGUGGCUUCAGAUCCCCGACACGGAUUAAAAAGGAUACGUCCCCUCCCACUCAAAGCCCCAUGUCCCUCGUGAUGCCCGUCUCUGUGCCUGUCCAAACCAGAGGACAGAAGAAAGGCUGCGUCUCCACUCCAGCCAGCGGGGGCGCUGUGCUCUACCGCAGCCUGAUGCAUGAGGAGGACGCUGCCCCCACAGGCCAUAAGGCGGGGGAGAACGUUACCAUGGCUAAUUUAUGUCACUACACCCCUCCUCCGAUGCUAUGCCCUGAGAGGGCGGGGUCAGGGCUGUACUGCUCCCUCACCACUGGGAGGCAGCAGAGAGCAGAGACGAUUCAGCUGCACAAUGAGUUAGCUGACCCUGUUUCCAUGGUAACAGCCGAUCCUCCACCUGAACUGCUAGCAUCGGGAAACAUCAAACCGCGGAUCAAUUUUGGGAAGAACUUCCAGGCAGAGAUUCCUCCGUUGCGGGACAGUAAGCAUGCCCAAGGUGACUCCCACAAUGCACUGUUGCUGUGGACGCCGUACGAUGAGCUGGAGCAUCCCGUCAAUCAACAGAGAGUGGAGGCCCUGCUACUGCUGGCGCGCUCCAGUGUGGUGCCAGGAGCCCAGGCUAGUCCAGAGUUCGCCCUCCAGCUGCUCUCAGAGUGCAAGGGAGACUUCCUGCUGACGUUGGAGAAGCUGAUGAAUCCUGAAACCUCAUCCAACCACACGGGUGUCUGGUGGAGCGCGGCCGAGAAGAAGCUGCUGGUUAAAUCCCUGCAGAUCCAUCGCAAAGACUUCAGCAGCAUCCAGAAGUCUGUUCGGUCCAAGUCCCUCUCCGAGUGUGUGGAAUAUUAUUACCUGUGGAAGAAGAAGCUGAGUCUGGGUGUAAAGACCCCGACUGACCUGACCGUCAGUCUGCCUGGAGCAAAUGGUCAAAAAGUAUUGAAAUCCCAGAAAGCCUCAUGAAGCCAGAGACCGUAAAGCUCUUGGGAUACACACUACUUAACGACAAAGACCCACACAUGGACCUAAACGGAAAACUGCGGAAAAAACAUUUCCUUCCGGGUUUGUUGGUUAAAUGUAGUUUAGCUUAGCUGAUUGAAAACGUUUUUAAAUAACCACAUCUGUAUUUAUUCCCAGCUGUCCCCCAGAACCUCAGAUGAUCUGCUGUGUUUAUAAACUGUUCAAAUAUGCAGUUAUUUUGGUAUGGUUUUAUUUCUAUAGACUGUAAAAGCUGAUAUUGGUGAUAUAUUCCUACAUUGUCUAUUUUCUCUCAUGAGGAUUUAAUAAAAA